AUGUUCAAAAAGAAAGAGCAAUCAUAAUAAUAAACAGCAUCCCCUCCAUCCCCACCACCUACAUCAACUAUUUAAUAGUAAUAAUAAGUUGUAUAAUAACCUCCUAAUAUUCCUAUUCAAUAACCAGCCCAAAAAGGAUCAAUGUUCAAAGGAAGUCUUAAGGUAAAGGCACAACCUCCUUUAACCCAAGAAGUUUAAUAAUAACAGCCGUUACCUCAAACAUAUCAGUCUUAGUUAGUUUAAUCUUAAUCCAAUUCAGACGUUCUAUCCCCUGAAAGUGAUGCUUAUAAAUAGUAAUAUAAUUAAGUGGAAACAUCAAUCAUUUAAGAAGAAUCAAAUAUCGAACAAAAAAUUGAAGUCAAAAUCAAUGUUGACGAAAUCAAAAAGAAACCAACAGGCUUUGGUUUCUUAAAAAAAAAAUAACCUGAACAACCACCUCCUACAGAUGAAUCAUUAUAAGAAUAGGUAGAAAGCUAAAUGAUUUAUGGAAUAUAAGUUAAAUAAAAUUAAGUACAAGACGCCAAUAAUUUAUAGGAAUAAAUAUAAGAAUAGUCUUUAUAAUCAAAUUACUCUCCAAUUUAAAAUAAAGAUCAUAGUUUUAAUGAUGAUUAAAAUAAAUAACUUUAGAAAUAAAUUGAAUAAAAUGAAAAAGAAAUCGAAUAAUAAUAAUUAUUAUAAUAAUAACAAUUAUAAUUAUAAUAAUAAUAAUAACAACAACAACAAUAAUAAUAUCAAUAAUCUAAAUUAUAAUAUCAAUAGUAAUAAUAGCAGGAAUAAAAAUUAUUUUAAUCUAAUUCACCACUAAAGAAUAAUUUUAUAAAUAAAAGCUAAAAUAAUUCAAACUCCAUGAAUUCUCAACUUGAUAAUUCUUAUGUGAAACAACAUUAAAUGAUUAUGGAUGAAUUGGAAUAUUUCUAGAGUGAAGUUAAUAAAAAGAAAGCUCAAAUUUACAUUGCUCAAUAAGAAAUAGAAAAGCGCAUUCUUUGUUAUUAAUAAAAAUUAUAAGAUUGUAACAGCCGUCUUACUCAACUCUCUAUAGAGUAACAAGUUUGUGUAUAAUAAGAAUAGUUUGAAAGAGCAGAAGAAAUAGAAUAAUGUUUAAAAUAAAUUUAGGAAAAAAUUACACAAAUAGAUAACAUAAUUAAAUAAGAAGAAUAAUAAUACACUAAGUUAUAGGAUGAAAAAGAAAAUUUAAGAGGAGAAGAAUAUCCUUUUUAUUAAGAAACCGAAUAAAGACUUGAAGAAAUUGAACGAUUACAUAUCAAAUAUAGUGAUUAAUAUAGAUUUGAAGGAUAGAAUUAAAUUAAGAAAUUAUAAUAACAUAUAGAAGAAGAGAAUGAAAGAGUUAAAAUCUAAUAAAUACAUACUGAAAUUGAUAGUAAACAUUUGGAUGAAGAGGAAUAACAUCUAAAUUAAAUAAUGGAUAAUUAAACUAAAGAAUAUAGAAUUGAAUAGGAUCAAUUAAUUAGUAAAAAGUCAAAUUUAGAAUAAGAAAUAGCUGAAUUGCAAUAGUUAUUAAAUCAAAAAAAAAAUGAAUUAUUAAAAGUAAAUGUUGAUUUGAAUUCAACUAAAGAGAAAAUCUAAUAGGUCUAAUAAAAAUUUAAUCUAUAACUAGCAAAAGUCUAAAAUAAAAGGACAAAACUUAAUGAUGAGCUGAAUAGUUUAGCAACUGAAAGAGCUUAAAUUGAAGCUCUUGAAGGAGAUAAUCUUAGAAAAUAAAACGAAUAUAAGAAUAAACUUGAAUAUUUGGCUUAAUAAUUGGAAUCGAUAAAAGAGAAAAGAAAUGAGCUUAUUAGAAAAGCAAAUCAAGUUCCUGAGUAAUGUUAAUAAGAAUUGGACGUAACAUUCAAAUAUUAAGAGGCUAAGAAAGCUAGUCUAGAAGCAUUAAGAGAAUUAGCAUAAGUAUAAAGGUAAAUUGAUGAAUUAAAUUACAAGAGGAAUAUGGGACAAUCUUAAUUACAUGAAAUUCUCAAUAAAAAAAGUGAGCUUUAAAAAAAACUACCUAAAAUGAUUGAUGACAAAGCAUAGUUAGUAUAGAAUAAAAAUUUUAAAGGUGCUGCUUAAAUUAAUGAAUAAAUAAAAGAGGUAUAAAGACAGAUUUCUUAAUAUGAAGAGAAAAUUUCUGAAAAUCAAAAUUUAGAAACCUAAAUUCUUAAAGAAAUAGAUGAAAUAGAAGAUUCUUUCUUAACUAAACAACAUCAAUAUUAACAAUUAUAAUAAAAUACAGAAAUAUGUAGAUAUUUUGUAUUAGAAUUGAAGUUGUAAGAAAUUUAAUAAAUUGAUUACUUUGGUUUAUCUCAAUUAACCUCAGAUGUAUUAUUAUAGAUAUAUUUAAUUUUAGAUGAAGAAUGAAUUAGAGCAAUUAUUUAAUAAAUAUUAGGAUUUAAUUUAUGCAAAUCGUAAAAUAUCCACUGAUAAUGUAGAUUAGAUUUAAGAUCAUUAAUAAGAAGCUGAUAUUUAAGUUAUUUAACAAGAAUAUUAAUAAGACAAUUCCUUAGAAACAGGUUAACAAUUAAAUAAUCAAAUUGAAGAACAGCAAAUUGAAUAAAAUUAUGAUUUAGUUCAACAUUAAUAGCAAUAACAUAAAGAAGAUGAGAUUGAAAUGAGUGAAGAAUAAAAAUAAAUUUAUAUAGAAGAACAGAAAUAAUUAUAUUAAGAAAUUUAAUAAUAGAUGAAGUAAUUAGAAGACUAAGUAUAAGAUUAUGCUUAAGUAAUUCAUUUUAUUAAUUUAAGAAAGAGCAAUAUGAGGAAGCUGACUAGAUUUAAUAGGAAGUAGAUAGAUUGACAAAUUAAGCAAAUGCAAUUCAACUAGAACUUAAAUAGAAAUUCAAUAUUGAUAGUUUAAUUGCAGAAGAAGAAUAGAAUUGAUGUGUUUUUUAAUAUUUAUUAUUGAUUAAUAUCAAAAACGGAG